ACGGUCUAUAUUCAUAAAACACAUUUCAUUAUUAUCGUGUGUGGGCGACGAGCAAUAAUAACAAAAUGGUAAUUCACUCUGUGGCCACCAGGGGGACGUGGCGCUGCUGGCAGAUUAAGUGGAGUAUUAGAGCCAUGUGUUUGUAGUUAGUGUCCGAGAGUGUUCUGUGCCAAAUCAUAUAAUAAGGCAGCUCCAGGAACACAUACAUGGAUACGAACGUGUGGUGUGGUGGGCUAGUUAUGUAAUUAAGUGGUGGAGGUGGUGAUGGAGGCAUGUUUACUAUAAUAACAGUAGGAAGGGUGAUGGAGGCGGUAUGGUGAAGACUGUGGUGGUGACAAAGACACGUUACUGAUGAUGAUGCGAUGAAAACUAUGAUGUGAUGAGAAUAUCAUUAGUGGUAGUGGUGGUGUGGUGAAGACUGUGUGAUGGUGAGGAUGUACAUGUUAAUGGUGGUGACUAAUUGUGUUGAAGACUGUUUGGUGGUAACGAGAACAUGCUACAAGCGGUUAUGGUGGCGUGGUUAUGCGCCGUGGUAGUGACGAGGGCAUGCUAGCGUUUGUGAUGCAUUGUGGUGAUGACUGCGGUGGCGAUAAGAAUAUAUUGGUGUUGAUAAUGGCACUGUUGUGGAAAAGCGUGGUGAUAACGGGGACACGUCGCAGUCCCCGAGUCUCCGCCAUCACGGCACGAGUCAUGGACGUGAAGCAGCGCGAGGCAGCUUUGGAUGGAUUUCGAAGCCUCGGACCCGUGAGUCGAGUCUGCAUCAGCUGCUGCUCAGAGGGACACGCCAGAGUGCUGCUAAUGGCGAGGGAGUGUCUACCUGUUUGUUCAAAGCAUCGAAGUUUUCCUCCUACGAUGGUGAUAAUUCCCUUUGUCGAGAAACAUGCUCGAGAGGUGGCUUGGGACGGUGAGGAGCAUGGGCGGCACCGGGCCAGGCUGCAGGCAGGGGUUGUGUUUGCAGUGGAGUGGGCGGCGGUGCUUCUGGGGCUGCUGCCUUUGGGGUGGCGCGAGGUCCGCUGGUCGCUGCCCAGGAAGAUCGUUGCCCUCACCGCCUCGGGCAUCACAUUCGCCCUCAACUUCGCCUUCGCCUUUAUUUACUUGGGCAAGUUUACAGUCUUUAUCUUCAUAAUAAUGUUUGUGUGUCUAGAUAAGAACAUCCACACACGCACUCACAUACUGUAUGCGCACGUUGAAAAGUGGAAAUUGACAUCGUCCUCUUUGCUUUCAGAAUUAUAUAUACAAGUGGUUGCCGAGCAAAUGAACCUAAUGAUGUACAUCUUGUGUGUACUCAUGUACGCAUUCCUCUUACUGUUGCCCCUCAUCAUGCUGCUCUUCAUGUGGGUGAAGUGUUCCAGCAUCACACGACUCCUCGCUGUUAUCAGAGACGACAUGCUGCCCGACGCUAGGAAGAAGUGCUCAUUGUAUCCGAUUUUGAUAUUUUUAUAUGGUUUUGUUGAGUAUUUGACAUGCUGUUUAUAUCGAUAUAAUUGGUUCGGAGAUGUGCCAUUUAUAUCCACAGUCUUUGCGAUGGCAGUCUGGUACAUAGUGCUCUCUCUGUCUUUCAUCUGCACCUUUCCCUUGUUGCUGGCGCUGACUGGCGGUUACGUUCUCCGCGCCGCCCUUAAACAUACCAACGACGAACUGCAGCAACUCACGUCCCAGCCUCCAGUGGCUGCCAUGCAGCAGGCAUUUCGAGUUCUCCGUGGUCGCUACGUCUGCCUGCGUCGCUUCCACCAGCAGAUGGCAGACCUCCUUUCCUUUCCAAUACUGAUCUGGUCCCUUGAGAAACUUCUUGUUAUAAUUUUUGGUGUUUUUUAUGUUAUAGAUAACUAUAAGAAAAUGGAUCUUUACAUGAAGAUUUCGGUAAUCAGCUUGGUUCUGGGAUAUGUUAUGUCCUUGUAUGUGUUUACCUCCUUUGCUGAUCAUAUCACACUUCAGGGCGCGGCGCCGAAAAGCAUCCUGCUUGAUGCAGACGUGGCCAAUGAACCUGAGAAGACUGAUCCUGACGUCGAGGCGCAGGUGGCAAGGCUCCUGAAGGUCUGCCAGAGGCCGCUGGUCAUCUGUCCCUUUGGCCUGUUCACUGUGUCCCGCUCCAAUCUACUUGCGAUUCUCUUAACGGUCUCGACCUACGCGGUGGUGCUGCUGCAGUUCAACGCGGAGAACCUUGGAUCUGGAACACUGCCGUUGCCGGGAAACUGCAGCUGCCCUUGUCCUGAUGGUUCUCUGCAUUGAUGGACCCAUGGCCACUGCUUCCCUUCUGUGGCCGUCCUUCACUUAGUCACUUAAAGUUAUUAGUAAAUAAUGUGAGAAAAAAAAAAUCAUACAAACCCAGAAAUUAUAGAAAUAUUUUGAUCCAGAGGCAUUUUUAUCAAAUAUGAAUUGAUCUACUAAUCUGUCAUCAAGUGAGAAAUUUGAGUGGAGUCUGCAAUGUCACUAAAUUUCAAUACAUUUUGCAUUUAUUAUAUAAGUUUCAAUGUAGCCGAAGCUCUAAUCUUUCUAGAAUGCAGAAUUUGAUAUUGAUUUCAGUAAAAGAACAUAGUGAAUUUUUUUAGUGACUAUUACCUUUCCUAAACAUUUUUCUGUUUAGUGGCUUCACCAAACUUUGUUAUAAUUUCAUUCACAUUAGUGUAUAGGUAGUGCGGUAGAGCAAAGUUUUUGGAAAUUUGAAAUAAAGUUAGCAUUAUUUGAUAAAGUAAACAAUAAGGAACACAGGUCUUGAGGGUCAGAGGUGGAUCUCGCUCACCCAAAAGCACCACGGGUGACUGCUUGUUUGCAUCUUACGUUAUUUAAUGUUUGUCCAGAAAUCUAGUUCUUGCUGGUUUUGGCAGCUCUGUAAGCAAUUAAAGCCAUGAACGAGUUUUCUCUUGUUCAGUAUCUGUUGCUUCCAUUCUUAGCAACCCCACUUCAACUCCAUCCCUUAUCUCACAUCCCGUCUCUCCUUCGAUCAUCCUACAACAGGUGUUCUUUAUUUGUAAUCUUCACCGACAGGUUCUUCAUCUCUCCAGAACACCACUUAUUGUAUCCAACUAGAAGCUCAUCUGGUGCUGUCACGCUUAGGUUGUCAUUACGUGGUCGCGGGCACCGGUUUGAGCUACUGGUUAUGUUAGGAGGCACAACAACUCACUGAAGGAUUGUCCAGGUGCUAAGUAAAAUAAUAAACACUGCAUAGAGCGGCUUCAGUAUAUGAAAAGAAUCUACGAUUCAGAGAGAGCGUGACUGACUAGCUCAGGGAGCAGGUUGUGACUUACUAGGCGCGCGGGAGACA